AUGUCAGGCCAGCAGGAAGAGGAUCUCAUCGACUACUCCGAUGAGGAGCUCCAGACAAAUGAGACCGCCGCCGCCUCCAACGGCAAGAAGGGCGCCGCCGAUGCCGCUGCCACUGGUAACAGUGUCGACAAGAAGGGCAGCUACGUCGGCAUUCACGCCACCGGUUUCCGCGACUUUCUGCUGAAGCCCGAACUCCUUCGUGCCAUCGGUGAUUGCGGCUUCGAGCAUCCCUCGGAGGUCCAGCAAACCUGCAUCCCCCAGGCUCUCCUCGGUGGUGACAUCAUCUGCCAGGCCAAGUCUGGUCUCGGAAAGACGGCCGUCUUCGUCCUGACGACCCUCCAGCAGGUCGAGCCCGUCGCUGGCGAGGUCUCCGUCCUCGUCAUGUGCCACACUCGUGAGCUGGCCUUCCAGAUCCGCAACGAGUACAACCGCUUCAGCAAGUACAUGCCCGAUAUCAAGACGGGCGUCUUCUACGGUGGUACUCCCAUCCAGAAAGAUGUUGAGACGAUCAAGAACAAGGACACCUGCCCUCAUAUCAUUGUUGGCACCCCCGGUCGUCUGAACGCCCUCGUCCGCGACAAGGUGCUUCGCCUCGGCAGCGUCAGGAUCUUCGUUCUCGACGAGUGCGACAAGAUGCUCGACCAGAUUGACAUGCGUAGGGACGUACAGGAGAUCUUCCGGGCCACGCCCACCCAGAAGCAGGUCAUGAUGUUCUCGGCCACUCUUUCCGACGAGGUCAAGCCCAUCUGCAAGAAGUUCAUGCAGAAUCCGACCGAGCACUAUGUCGAUGAGGACACGAAGCUCACCCUCCACGGUCUUCAGCAGUACUACAUCAAGCUGGAGGAGCGUGAGAAGAACCGCAAGCUCAACGAGCUCCUUGACGACCUGCAGUUCAACCAGGUCAUCAUCUUCGUCAAGAGCACGCUGCGCGCCACCGAGCUCGACAAGCUGUUGCGCGAGUGCAACUUCCCCUCGAUCGCCGUGCACUCGGGCGUGUCGCAGGAGGAGCGUAUUCGCCGCUACAAGGAGUUCAAGGACUUCAACAAGCGCAUCUGUGUCGCCACGGACGUCUUUGGACGUGGUAUCGAUAUCGAGCGUAUCAACCUGGCCAUCAACUACGAUCUGCCCGGUGACGCUGAUUCGUACCUCCACCGCGUCGGUCGUGCCGGUCGUUUCGGUACCAAGGGUCUCGCCAUCUCCUUUGUCAGCACUGACGGCGACAAGGAGGUGCUGGCCGCGAUUGAGAAGCGCUUUGAGGUCGCUCUUCCUGAGUUCCCUAAGGAUGGCGUCGAUCCCGCCACGUACAUGGCGUCUUAG